AUGACUUCAUCACAAUACAGCGAGUCGCCGGCGGAGUCGCGGUUCGUAUUCCCAGAACCACCCAGGGAGCAUACAUUGACAGAUGUCGGCGGCUUUGAUGCUCUCCACGCAGACCUUGAUUUAUUAAGUCGGCAGGAGGGAACUCCCGAAUGCGACAUAAAUCCUAAUGCUUUUCCGCCGGCUUUCAAAGCGCACUGCCAGUCGAUCUGGUACUACUUUAAUGACGAGAUAGACCAGGCGCGAGACACCAUUGAUCACGAGCACUACUGGUGCUUGGAGGCCACCAUGCUUCUCAGUCAUUGGAUUGACAAGCGCCCCGCCGUUGACAGGAUGUCGGAACUACCCAGUCUUUGGUGCCCAUCUGCGGCUGAAGGCUGGCAGGCCCUUGCUGUGUCUCUCAGGAACAAGCUACUAGAAAAAGGCAUGUCUGGAGAUGAAUUCCGCGAGCUUCGGUUACGCUGCAAGCACCGGGCGUACUACGAAAUCGAGUACAGACACCUCCAGCCCAUGAGCACAAUCAUUGAGGGCCGUCAUUGGCUCGGUCAGGACCAACCCAAGCAAAGCGUGCUGGACUCACAGACUCUACAACACGGCCUCGGUCCGGAGUCUGGGGAAGUAGAAACAGCACCGGUGCUGGCGAUGUCGCCGAAGCAGCCGACGCGAAGGAGCAGGAACUCGCCUCCGCAACAGGAUGAACAUGUCUCACGGCGCACCAUGACCACCAGAUCUCAAUCACGGAAGCAAGACCAGUCAAAACGAACGCUACGAUCUGGGAAGGAGCUUAAUUUACUACACGAGAGAUCAAGCAGCGACAGCGACAGCAAGGCCACCCGUAAGAGUCGUAUCGGCAACACCAGAGUCAUUGGAGGGAAGGUCGACUCGAAAAGCCGGUGUACGGAUGGAACUCGGAAGCGCAGGGCCAAGUGA